AGGUGUAACCAUCCUACCAUCGAUGCUCAGCAAGCUAUAGCUAGCUCCGGCCUAUGCUGCAGCAGUAAACAGACAUCACCAGCCACAGAACAGUGGUAACGGGUUGCUGCAAAUGAAAUUCACUUUAUUCGGAGAUGUAUCAGAUUGCGUGGUGCUGAUACAACAUGGAUACCCUUUGCAGAGGGAUGAACAUUGAUGAACAAUUCACAAGGACGUCUAGUCUGUUGGGAGAGUGGACAUACUGAUUCUCACAUGGAAACCAACUUUGUGGGUGUCUGGAUAGAGUUCUACUCAUAAUGACAGAUUAAAAAAGUGAUGCCAUCAGCACAUUGCCAAAAAAAUUUCAUCAUGGAAAAACAGAAAUCAGUGUAUACUUUUGCUUCAAUGCAGUUGACUGGGGAAACAAGUACCUUCAUAUGCACUGAGUGUGGUGAUGGGUUCAGUCAGUACUCUAAUGUGUUGACCCACAUGGCCAUUCAUGGACCUUUGGAGUCAUUUUCCUUUGAUGGCUCAUCCAAUGGAUUUGAAGUGUCUCGGGAAUAUGUGCUACAAGACAAUGGCACACUAACCGUUGUAAAUGGCUUGGAGUCACAUUCUUCCAUAAAACCAGUAUCUCCUGGAGUCCUCCCAUCGCAUUUCCCAUCCCCUAUCAAACCAGUGUCUCCAACUCUAAGGCCACAGCCUUCUCCUUAUAAAGAUGUAUUCAGGCCAAGGCCAUCAGACUUGAAUUUGGACAAGUCUCGGCAGGGCCAUUACAGAUGUGAAAUAUGUAGCAGAUCAUUUAACAGCCUGCAGAGUUUACAUCGUCACCAGCAGUAUCGAAACACAGAGCGAGGUUACAAGUGUACUUUGUGCUGUAAGAUCUUCGAAGGUAGACAGGACCUUAAGAAACACCUCCAAGGCCAUGCCAAUGAAAGGUUUCACUGCUGUAGUCAUUGUGGUAAGCGAUUCCUUAAAGUAGAUGCACUAAAUGCUCAUCAAAAAGAAAAUCACCUCUUCCCCAAGGCUACAGCUUUAGAUAACUCUGUGAAUAAGCUGGAAAAGAAGAUAGAGAAAACGUAUACUUGUAGAAAGUGCAAGCUGAAUUUUUUCUGGAUGUCAGAUUUUCAGACACAUUCACUGCACCAUUGCAAAGGAAAAGAGCCUGAUGCUACUUUAGGAUCUGAAAUUGAAAUUGAAUUGAAUUUUAAGAACAUAGAAGACACACCACUUGAAAACUGCUACAGCAAUGGUCCAUCUAUUGAUGUUAAAAAUGGGGAUAGUAAAAUCUUUAGGGAUACUAGCUAUGAGAUUGAUACUGAAUCCUCUUCCACACCAUACAGAUGUGGUUUGUGUGGGGAUCGUUUCCAAAAGUUAUCAGCUCUAAAGGAGCAUCAUCUCACACAUCAAACUCAGGAGGAAAUAGAUCAGCUGAAUCAAGAAUCACAAAUAACCUUUAAGCGAAGAAUGCCGCCUAAAGGCAGACGUAGAAGAGGGAGUAAUCCAAAUGGCAAGCUGCAUCCUUGCAAGCACUGUCAUAGGGUCUUUAAUCAUUCCAGUAGUUUAUCUCGGCACAUGCGAUACCAUAAGGGUACUAUGCACACAUGUACAUUAUGUGGUAGACAUUUCCCACAGCGCUGUGAUUUGAGAAGGCAUAUAGCUAUGUACCACAAAGCUGAAAUGGAAAAGAAACCAGUUUUGAAACACUUGAACACAAAUCCACAAAAUGGGUCUUCCCCCAGUUCUUUAAAUGGCGAGAAAAACACAAGCUUUGCUGACGAGAAAACUAAUAGCUCCUCUGACAAUGAACAAAUGUCAUCACAAGAGCAGCCUUCAAAGGGCAAACAGUCCGGGAAAGCGGGCAGAGUUAACUACAAGUGUCAGGAAUGUGGAAAGAGAUUCGGGCUGUUGUGUGUGUACCAACGGCACUUGCGGUAUCACAAAAAGGAACCCAGUAAGUGCCCGAGGUGUCCAGCUCAAUUUAGGAACCCUGCAUCCCUUGAGCUUCACCUUCAUAAUCACCCAGGCUCUGAAGAAACAAAAAAUGUUGGGCAAACCUCUCACGGCACUGGUUUUGGUGGGGACCCUGUCUUAAAAAAGGACAUUGAGGACGACUAUAUGGACCAUACUCAAAAUGAUAAAGGACAUUCCUCAGAGGUUCUUUACGAAUGCACUGAGUGCACUGAGACAUUCUCAUGCUUGGAUACAUUUCUUCAGCACCAGACUUCUCAUGGCUCAGAAAACAAUGGGUAACUAUGUCAGACCCAGUAGUUAUUGUUUUUGAAAAUAAUCAUGCUCUCAGGAGUUGAGUGUUUUUGACUAUUUUGAAUGCAAAUAUUUGAUUAACUAUAAAGUUUGUUAAUAGUGUUUUUUUUAAACAACUUUUAUACAAUUUUUUUUUUCUUUGGCGCAAGAUGAAAAAUGAUGUUAAUUGGUGAAUUUCAGAAACUAAUGGGAACCAGGAAAUAUGGCAUGGGUUGGGAGCAUACCAAAUGCUCCCAAAUUUUAAAAAACAGGAUUGUCUAGCAUCGGUAAAUUGCAAGUUUAAACCUAGUAUUCUCCCUACAGGUGUAGUUAAGAUGAUGAUGUCCCCCCAAUUGUGGACUAGCUAGGAUGAAUAUGUUGCUUUCAUUGUAUUUUAUACUGAUGCUAUUAUUGUCAUUUUUUUCUGCGUUCUUUACUUGAAAUUAUGUCAUUUUGAGAUUGUCACUAUUAUGUGCUAUGUGUAUGUCUUCCUUUUGAAAGGAUAGCACGGUGCCACGGAGUGAAUUAAUUGUGCCAUUAAAGUUGUACAGAGAAAUUA